AUGCUAGUUAUACACGAGUCCGUAACGCUUUCAUACGAAAAAGAUGGCGAGGAAUUUGAGCGCGUGGGCACGGUUCGGCUCUCUGCGGACAGGCUUGAGUUUGUCAGCGGCGACUUCCUGCUGGCUGUUGACCCGGAGUCGAUCGAGUUUAUAGAGUACGAAGACGAAAUCCUUUUGGCGCUGUUCAACGACCCUACUGACUACCACAUCUUUGCGUACGAGAGCGCCAAGCUGCAGGAGGACAUCAACGGGCUUCUUUCCAGGUGGAUGAAAACGAAGACGUCGAUCGAUUUGCUGGGGUCUUUCUACGAGCGGGGGGUGCCGACGAGCGUGCUUGGCGAGUGGCUCAUGCACAUAGGGUGCUUUGAGCACAUCUCCAUGCUGGUGCAGCCAGGCGAGGAAACGGGCGCUGCCGACUUGGAAAAAGCCAGAACGAUCCUGAGCACGCUGGCAAAGAUAGAGGAGGCGCCUGUGAUCAACGAAAUGAUCGAAAACAUUAGUGUAAUAUCUUCAGCAUUCGGGAUGCCGUACAAUGAGGCCAGCGAAAUAGAAAAAUAUGUGUGCGACCCGGAGAUAGAGCGGUCAAACAGGCUGCACUGGCUCAAAAAAAACUUCUACGAGCUGCAGAUGGGGAUUGUAAAGGUGGCUCUUUUGGAGAAGCUUAUUGAAGAGUCGCACCACAUGAUUGUUUGGAAAAUACUUCCGCAAAUAUCCGAGAAAAUAUCAAAGCCAAACAUUAGAAAUAUAUUUGAAGAGGUGCAGGACAGAAGCACUUUGAAAAUAUUCAUCCAGCAGCUGCAGAAAAUGGGCGUGCUUUCGGGCUUGGAUUUCGCACAAAGAGACGACAUUUUCAUACUGUACUACGUUGCCCUUGCGGAUUGGGAUGUUUUCUGCGCGCUCAUUGUAGGCGAUCCGACGGUGAUAGAAAGCAUAUUCGUGCACUUCAACAUAAAGAUGCACGAGGGCGAUCUGGAGGCGGCGGUGCACAUACAGUCCAUCAUUGAGGCGAUCCUGGAGAGCCCCCGGGCAGACAUGGGCCUGCGGCUUCUGGAGUAUCUGCCUGCGCUGUUCGAGCUUCCUGGCAGCAAGCACGUUCGAAUGACGAACGGAUGGCCGCACAUCUCAAGCUCGCACAACCUGGGCGUGUACCACCUCCAAAUACUAAACUUUGCUGUAAAGCGCCUCCCAACGCACGUUAAAAUAUAUGUCAUUCGGUCGGGGAUUGUGGUGGCAAUGCUGGAGGACCUUGCAAAAAUGUCAGAGACCCAGAAGUACCUUGUGUGCAACAUAGUGUAUACGCUCGUCAGAAAGCGAGAUAUUGCCGUGCAGAAGUACAUCAGCACAAGCAAGCUCCAGGCCGUUCUUGUAAAUGCCAUGCAGGAAGCAAUGCCGCAGAAAAGCACCGCAUACUCGCCGAUUAUGAGGCGGCUUGCACUGGGCACAAACGACGCGUAG